AUGGGUUGUAUAAAAUCAAAGAAUUCUACAGAUCUGCCAGCGAAGACCUGGGAUCCAAAUCCUACAACGGAUCGCCACCCUGUCUACGUUAGAGACCCCACAUCCAUUAACUUUACCGUAAGUACAUAGCGCGUACAAAUAGUGAAGGAGAACUCGGGCACUUUUGAUUUCACUCAUUCGGAUUUUGCAAGAAUUUUCAUUUUUCGAGCAGUAGUUCAACGAGUCACUCUAGAAAUGGCUUCCCACUUAAAGCAAUAUUCUGUAUCUCUUGUUGUCACUGGUGUUAUUUACUUUUUCAUUGUUAUCAGCUGAGCUUGAUUUUAUAAAUCCAAAUUUACCAACAUGUAGUUCAAUAAAAUUUCCCAAAUGUGAAGCAAUAUUUUUUUCAGAGGAUUAUGUAAAACAGGGAUCCAACCACGUCUUUGGACUUCCUUAAUUCUUGAUUGAGUUCCUUAAUUCUCUGCUAGUAAUAAGCUUGCAAAGCAUUAUGGGAGCUGUAGUCGCAAUAUACAUUUAGGCUGUAGUUCAACCUUAUUGUUUUCGGUGGUAUUAUCUACAAAUCAUACUGUCUACAAUAGACGUUACGGAGUAUUAUAUAUAAAGUAUUAGAAGGAAUUAUGUGCUUAUAUGAAGUAGACGUAAAAUUUAUAGUUAUAUGGAGGGAGGGGUAUUUGGAGCUGUUGAUUAAGUUUUAGGGAGGGUGAUAUGGUGUAAAAGGAGGAAUUACAAGGAUUUAAAGAGACACUUCACUACCCAAAUACAAAAUAAAUAAAUAUUGAUGUUUAAUAGAUAUACCCCAAAUGAAAACUUGCAUGCAUUUAAUGAUGCAUUUUUUUUCAUUGGAGUUAUAUCUAAAAAUAGCGUGCAAAAGCUUCAGUUCUAUUGUCAACUGCCUUUGCAAACCCUCCCCUUCUAACCCCGCCCAGACGUUCUGUGGCUGCCCAAUCACAGACUUUCCAAUGUAGCUCAAUGAGAAAGGCAGGAGAUGUGGGCAAUUGCUGCCUCUUGACUUUAGCUCUAUGAGCUAACCAAAGCAGGAGGUAGGAGGACCGGUUGUCUGCUUGACAACCAGGGGGGUGUAACAAGGUUAAUUUAGAAAAGUGCCAAUUUCUAUUGAAAUCUGCACUUUUUGCAGAACGGGAAAAAAAAAGAGAACACACCCAUCACACAUAAAGAUUUUCAGCGAGCAGUGGUCUGAAGUAUCGAAUUUGCCUUGACAUUCAAAAAAUUGUCAGGAAUGUAAAGAUUUUAGAUUUAGGGACAAUAUAGUCAAAUGGAAAACAAAUUCUUUCACUUUGAAUUCAGUUUGAUUUCUUGACAAUUCUUACUUUAUUGAAUAACCUGGAUACAUGUCAUUGAGUCCACACAGUGAGAAUUUGCUAUCAUUCAUUACUUUUAUUUUAAUAGCUGACAUUUUUAGCCUAUCAUUCUGAGAGUUAGGUAUAAAUUGGGUUUAAAUUACAGAUGGUUACAUAUUUUACAAGUAAAAUAGUCUUUGCUAAAAUUAUUUUUCAGAAUAAACCAGAGAUUCCAACUUCGAACAUCAAUACAGGUAAUUGUAGAGAAAGCAAUUAUAUACUUUGUGUCUUUACCGUUUCUGUAUUGUGUCCAUCGGAAACCCCAGUACAUCCACAAAUCAGCCCCAGGAGUGUGUUUCGCAGUAUGUGACAUAUAGGGCUAGCACCCUGAAGAAUUGUUUUUAAUGAAAUCACGUGUAUAUUAUUCCUCUUUUCUGUUUUCAUAGAAGAAUUUACUACUUAUUAACUUUCAAUGUUCAGCGAUCAUAUGAUCGAAACAUUUUAGGAAUGUGUUCCUACCGCCCCCCUCUUCCCCUCCCAAUACACACAAACACAUUUUUUGCUGUAGUAUUUCCUUAAUCCUGGGCAGUAAAUCAGGUUCAGAAAGUCCCUUUUCUUAACUGCGGUCUAAGAAAUGGUUUCAUAUCACAUUUUACCUUUGAAAAACUUACGAGGAAUAGAAAUCUUAUUUAUUUCAUUAGCCAUAUACACAUCCUGAGCAUUCCUCAAUUCCUUUACUUUGUUAGCCUUAUACACAUCCUGAGCAUUCUUCAAUUCCUUUACUGCGUUAGCCUUAUACACAUCCUGAGCAUUCUUCAAUUCCUUUACUGUGUUAGCCUUAUACACAUCCUGAGCAUUCCUCAAUUCCUUUACUUUGUUAGCCUUAUACACAUCCUGAGCAUUCUUCAAUUCCUUUACUGUGUUAGCCUUAUACACAUCCUGAGCAUUCUUCAAUUCCUUUACUGUGUUAGCCUUAUACACAUCCCGAGCAUUCUUCAAUUCCUUUACUGUGUUAGCCUUAUACACAUUGCAGCAUUCUUCAAUUCCUUUACUGUUAGCCUUAUACACUUCCCGAGCAUUCUUCAAUUCCUUUACUGUGUUAGCCUUAUACACAUCCUGAGCAUUCUUCAAUUCCUUUACUGUGUUAGCCUUAUACACAUCCUGAGCAUUCUUCAAUUCCUUUACUGUGCUAGCCUUAUACACAUUGCAGUAUUCUUCAAUUCCUUUACUGUUAGCCUUAUACACUUCCCGAGCAUUCUUCAAUUCCUUUACUGUGUUAGCCUUAUACACAUCCUGAGCAUUCUUCAAUUCCUUUACUGUGUUAGCCUUAUACACAUCCUGAGCAUUCUUCAAUUCCUUUACUGCGUUAGCCUUAUACACAUCCCCAGGAUUCUUCAAUUCCUUUACUUUAUUAGCCUUAUACACAUCCCGAGCAUUCUUCAAUUCCUUUACUGUGCUAGCCGUAUACACAUUGCAGCAUUCUUCAAUUCCUUUACUGUGUUAGCCUUAUACACAUCCCGAGCAUUCUUCAAUUCCUUUACUGUGUUAGCCUUAUACACAUCCUGAGCAAUCAAUUCCUUUACUUUGUUAGCCUUAUACACAUCCUAAGCAUUCUUCAAUUCCUUUACUGUGUUAGCCUUAUACACAUCCCGAGCAUUCUUCAAUUCCUAUACUGUGUUAACCUUAUACACAUCCCCAGCAUUCUUCAAUUCCUUUGCUGUGUUAGCCUAAUACACAUCCUGAGCAUUCUUCAAUUCCUUUACUGUGUUAGCCUCAUACACAUCCCGAGCAUUAUUCAAUUCCUUUACUGUGUUAGCCUUAUACACAUCCCGAGCAUUAUUCAAUUCCUUUACUGUGUUAGCCUUAUACACAUCCCCAGGAUUCUUCAAUUCCUUUACUGUGUUAACCUUAUACACAUCCCCAGCAUUCUUCAAUUCCUUUGCUGUGUUAGCCUUAUACACAUCCCGGGCAUUCCAAUUCCUUUACUGUGUUAGCCUUAUACACAUCCUAAGCAUUCUUCAAUUCCUUUACUGUGUUAGCCUUAUACACAUCCUGAGCAUUCUUCAAUUCCUUUACUGUGUUAGCCUUAUACGCAUCCUGAGCAUUCUUCAAUUCCUUUACUGUGUUAGCCUUAUACGCAUCCUGAGCAUUCUUCAAUUCCUUUACUGUGUUAGCCUUAUACACAUCCUGAGCAUUCUUCAAUUCCUUUACUGUGUUAGCCUUAUACACAUCCUGAGCAUUCUUCAAUUCCUUUACUGCGUUAGCCUUAUACACAUCCCCAGGAUUCUUCAAUUCCUUUACUUUGUUAGCCUUAUACACAUCCCGAGCAUUCUUCAAUUCCUUUACUGUGCUAGCCGUAUACACAUUGCAGCAUUCUUCAAUUCCUUUACUGUGUUAGCCUUAUACACAUCCCGAGCAUUCUUCAAUUCCUUUACUGUGUUAGCCUUAUACACAUCCUGAGCAUUCAAUUCCUUUACUUUGUUAGCCUUAUACACAUCCUAAGCAUUCUUCAAUUCCUUUACUGUGUUAGCCUUAUACACAUCCCGAGCAUUCUUCAAUUCCUAUACUGUAACCUUAUACACAUCAGCAUUCUUCAAUUCCUUUGCUGUGGUAGCCUAAUACGCAUCCUGGGCUUUCGCUGUGGUAGCCUUACACAUCCGAGCCUAGCCUUAUACACAUCCUGAGCAUUCUUCAAUUCCUUUACUGUGUUAGCCUUAUACACAUCCUGAGCAUUCUUCAAUUCCUUUACUGUGUUAGCCUUAUACACAUCCCGAGCAUUCUUCAAUUCCUUUACUGUGUUAGCCUUAUACACAUCCGAGCAUUCUUCAAUUCCUUUACUGUGUUAGCCUUAUACACAUCCUGAGCAUUCUUCAAUUCCUGUUAGCCUUAUACACUUCGAGCAUUCUUCAAUUCCUUUACUGUGUUAGCCUUAUACACAUCCUGAGCAUUCUUCAAUUCCUUUACUGUGUUAGCCUUAUACACAUCCUGAGCAUUCUUCAAUUCCUUUACUGUGCUAGCCUUAUACACAUUGCAGUAUUCUUCAAUUCCUUUACUGUUAGCCUUAUACACUUCCCGAGCAUUCUUCAAUUCCUUUACUGUGUUAGCCUUAUACACAUCCUGAGCAUUCUUCAAUUCCUUUACUGUGUUAGCCUUAUACACAUCCUGAGCAUUCUUCAAUUCCUUUACUGCGUUAGCCUUAUACACAUCCCCAGGAUUCUUCAAUUCCUUUACUUUGUUAGCCUUAUACACAUCCCGAGCAUUCUUCAAUUCCUUUACUGUGCUAGCCGUAUACACAUUGCAGCAUUCUUCAAUUCCUUUACUGUGUUAGCCUUAUACACAUCCCGAGCAUUCUUCAAUUCCUUUACUGUGUUAGCCUUAUACACAUCCUGAGCAUUCAAUUCCUUUACUUUGUUAGCCUUAUACACAUCCUAAGCAUUCUUCAAUUCCUUUACUGUGUUAGCCUUAUACACAUCCCGAGCAUUCUUCAAUUCCUAUACUGUGUUAACCUUAUACACAUCCCCAGCAUUCUUCAAUUCCUUUGCUGUGUUAGCCUAAUACACAUCCUGAGCAUUCUUCAAUUCCUUUACUGUGUUAGCCUUAUACACAUCCCGAGCAUUAUUCAAUUCCUUUACUGUGUUAGCCUUAUACACAUCCCGAGCAUUAUUCAAUUCCUUUACUGUGUUAGCCUUAUACACAUCCCCAGGAUUCUUCAAUUCCUUUACUGUGUUAACCUUAUACACAUCCCCAGCAUUCUUCAAUUCCUUUGCUGUGUUAGCCUUAUACACAUCCCGAGCAUUCUUCAAUUCCUUUACUGUGUUACCUUAUACACAUCCCGAGCAUUAUUCAAUUCCUUUACUGUGUUAUCCUUAUACACAUCCGAAGCAUUCUUCAAUUCCUUUACUGUAUUAGCCUUAUACACAUCCUGAGCAUUAUUCAAUUCCUUUACUGUGUUAGCCUUAUACACAUCCCGAGCAUUCUUCAAUUAAUUUACUGUGUUAGCCUUAUACACAUCCUGAGCAUUCUUCAAUUCCUUUACUGUAUUAGCCUUUACUAUUCAUAGUUAAAACUUAUUCAUGUAUCUACUACAUUUCUUUAAAGCAUUUUUUCACUAUCUUCCAUCCCCCAACUCAUGCCCUGUUGUUUAUAGUACUUCCCGUAAAAAAAUGUUUUAAAUAUACUUCCUUAUUUAAAAAAGCAGAGAAUGCUAUGUAAUAUAUAUAGCUGCUAAAAGGAAGGAUACGGGUGACUUGAUAAACGGAGGGGAGAACGCGGAAAGAAUAGAAUAUCAUAAAUAGGGUUAUUUACAAAAGACAAUUUGACAUUUAAGGUUAAGGUUAAAAUAGCCAAACUAGAACAAUUCUCUAAGUCUGCUAUGCUUCCGGUCUGACUACUUUGGCCUUAAAUGUGCAAUUUAUAGGCAGAGAGGGGGCAGUAAUGAAUGAGAUGUGAAUGGCUGGGUUGAAUAAUCAGUGUCCGGAAAAUCUCACUGAAAAUACUUUAGAUAUUAUGGGAGACAAGGAAGUGUUUUAUUUUUUUAUUCUUCACUGAUUAUGGGAGUGUUAGCUAGUUCUGCUUUUUAUUAGGCCCAGUAUUGCCUUAAAGGAACCUUUUAGUGUUAGGAACACAUCUUUGGAUUCCUAACACUAAUGUGUACCUCUGCCCCUGCGUGCCCUUCUCAGUGUUGUAAAGGUGCUGGCGUCAUCCGACGGGGAGUCCUAAUGUGCAUUGGCUUGCAAGCACCAUGCGCGUAUUGGGCCUCACCCAUACUAAUGCAUUGCCUCAAUGCUUUGCUACAGUGUUUUCUCUGUUGCUGGACGUCCUCAUGAAGAGCGUGAGAACGUCCAGGGUUGUUUCACAGAGUCAAACUCUGUGAAUCUCCAGGAAUCGCCUCUACAGGCAGUCUUAGUACUGUAAUCAGUGUUUUAUAUUGCAGGACCAAAGGGGACAGGGACAGUGCACCCAGACCACUUCAAUGACAUGAAGUGGUCUGGGUACCUAUAGUGUCCCUUUAAUUUGUAAUUUAAAUAGGACUUUUAGAAAUAUAUACGUUAAAACAACAACAUUUUACAGGGGAUUUUAUUGUUAUGUUUACUAAUCCCCUGUAUUGAUCAUAUAUGUGUUUGUAAGGUGUGAAAAAUGUAAUUAAGUGUAGAACUCCACACCGAUUAAUUCUGUAACUGGGGCGCCACCAUCUUAGCUCGCCAUCUGUCGUUGUUAUACUCCAUGGGACGUAUUACAUUUCAUAAUGUCUGUAUUAUGCUCCAGGAUGUCCCAAUAGAAGACUUCAGGGUCCAGUAAAGGAGAGGAAAUUCUCUAGAAAGUCUGUAAUUAACGUUAAUGACAGUGUGGUAGAUUUGGUUUGAUUUAGAAGGGACUCUGUAUUUUCACAGGAGAAGAUGUUGUGGUGCUGGUGGCUUUGUACGAUUAUGAAGGUGUUCACCCGGGAGAUCUGUCUUUUAAAAAAGGAGAUGAAUUCCACCUAAUAGAGGAGUAAGUAACCCCUUUAUCCCCUUCAAAUUAUUUGCUAUAUGCUCACUAAAAAAAAACCAUCAUUUUGCUCUAUAGCUACAGAACGCAUUCUGCGUAUUCUGUAUCCUCUAGUUUUUGCAAUUAAAGGUAAGGAAGGGGAUAUAGACAGAAAAAAAUGGGAAACUAGGGGGUAAAAUGGUGGUAGAUUGCAAAAUAAAUCAUCAGCGGUUUUAUACAAGAGGCUGUAAACAUGUCCAUAGAACACACUUAGAACAGCAUCGUGUAUCAGGGGAAAAAAGUGUAAAAAAUAUAUAAAACAAAGGAAAAUAGUCAUGCAGACAGAGAAUUAAGCAAUGUGCAGGCAUGGGAGGUAAAAAAAUAAUAAUUCACAUUUAGAGAGGUCUUUUGUAAGAGAGGCAGCAGAGAACAAACAUUCAAAUAUGAGAGAGAAAAAAAUCCCCAAAUUAGCACACACUUCAUGUUCAAUGAUCCCUUUUUAAAAAUUCUCCUUUUAUGGAAUUCCCCUCAUUCUUAAGCAUUUUUGUUAUUUUUCUUAUUGUUUUUCUUGUUUUUUAUUUUUUUUUAAACAAAAUGUAAUUUUUUUUAUUUUUUUUUAUCUUUUCCUUUUUGUUUGGUUCGGUAUGCACCUGCCUAGCCUAUGGCAGAAUUAAAAAAAAAAAAAAAAACAAUAAAAUAAAAUAAUAAUAAAAAAAUAGUAAUAAAAAUAUUAAAUAAAAGAAUAAUAAAAACAAUAAUAAAAUUAUAGCAUAAUAAAAAAACUAAAUACAAAUAACAUGGAAUAGAUAUUUUAAUGCACAUAAAUAAUUGUUGAAAAAAAUGCAUUUACUAGAUUUUGCAUUUGCACAUUAAUCAUCACAGCCACAGCUCAUGGUCUGGGUUUUGGCCUUGAGGCGCAGGGAUCCUGAUGAAGAUGCUGGUUCAUUUUAAGGGAAAUCUUCAGAUAUCCCUCACAAUUAAAACUCAAUUCAAUCAUCUUCUUUGGCACAUAUUUUACCCCCAAAGUAUCUCAACAGGAGUGAUGAUGAUCCAGGGUGUAAGCAAGAUUAACACACUGUGCUUGCAGGUCCACCAUGGUAACUGUCACAUUCUUGUGGACUAUCUCUCUCUUGUUAUGGGUCCAGUUAAUUUGGAUUUCAGUAGUCUGCCUUCAACCUAUAGGAUGUUGUUUUAAAUGUAUAAAAACAUAUUUAUCACUUUUCUUUCGCUGAUAUUUUAGAUUCUUGGUUUUUCUUCUUCUAGGUCCGGAGAGUGGUGGAAAGCACGCUUGACGAGCACUGGAGAAGAAGGUUUUAUCCCGAGUAAUUAUGUUGGACGAGUGGAUUCUCUUGAGUCUGAAGAGUAAGUGUCACUUCACAUCAUCUGUCCAGCUUUGCCUCUGUUUCUGGUCAUCCUCAUUUUGUCAGGAAGAAGGAUGUCAUGGACCUCCGAACAAUGUAUGUUAGCUGUAAGACAGAAUGUUGCAAAAUCCUACGGAAGAUGUCUGUCUUGAUAUCUAGUCUUUAUUUUUUUGGUGAUACGUCCCAAAGGUUCCAGCCACUUCUCUUUCAAUCACAAAAUGUAAUGUGCCGAUCCUUAUUAGAUAAAUAAUGUCAAAUCUAAUUUUUUAUUCUUUCUCCUACAGUUGGUACUUUAAAGGUGUGGGUCGGAAAGAAGCAGAGAGACAGCUACUGUCUCCUGAAAAUAGAAGUGGAGCCUUCAUGAUCCGAGACAGUGAAACGAUGAAAGGUAAAUCCUGCCUCUGUGCAAAGCAUGAAAUCCAGGGAUUCACCAGGGUUCGAGGUUCACAUCUCGAAAAUAAUGGAAAUUAGGAUUUUGAGCAAUUCAUGACUCUUGAGUGAAUCCUGGAUAACAACACUCAAGAGCUCAGUUUCACCUCUGGAAAGUCCUUUCUAUCAAAACUGAUCCAUCAUAGUCAAAGCCCUAAAUACUUUGUACUUUGUUAGUCUCAGUUCUUUAAACCACAAAUAUGAAAAGAAGAACUCGCUAUAUAACAUGAAACACACAACAGCAUAAAAAAAAUCCCAUGUUGAAUAUUACUGGCUAAAGAACAUGUUGAAGGGUUAUUCAGUGAUCUGAAGUGAUUAUGGUGCCUGCAGUCUGUAUGUAUGGAUAUCUUGUAUAGACAAACGCUCUUGCCCAUGUUAAUCUAGAAAGGAAUUGUUUUCCGUUUAUGUUAAUCUGGGGAGUUAGUUACUUGUAGAGUUUAUUUGAUAAAAUGUAAAUUGUUGCUAAUGAAAAUCCAAAUUGCAAAAUUUAGACUAAAACAGCUGAUUUAGAAACAUUAUCCUACUCAGCUACAGGGUGGAUUAAAACAGAGUAGGGUUUGAGGAGUCAGUGACUUUUUUUAUUAAUGAAUUAAUUUCAAGAAUAUUGCAUACAAUGAAUGCUUAAAGGGAUUCCCACAAACCGUUUUCCUGGCACUGCAGGUCCCCUCUCCCUCCCACCCCCAUCCCAAGUUGCUGAAGGGGUUAAAACCCCUUCAGUGACUUACCUGUAUCCAGCGCCGAUGUCCUCUGGCGGUGGGUCAGGCUCCGCCUACACUCCUCCCCUGCCGACGUCAGGCGGCGGGGGAGACCUAUUGCGCAUGCACGGCGGGGGAGACCUAACGCGCAUGCGCAUUAGACCUCCCCUUAGGAAAGCAUUGAAUAAUGCCUUCAAUGCUUUCCUAUGGGGAUUUCCGUGAUGCUGGAGGUCCUCACAUAGCGUGAGGACGUCCAGUAUCGUAUAACACACUUUUCGUGUUCUAUGAACACGGAAGUGUCCUCUAGUGGCUGUCUAGUAGACAGCCACUAGAGGAGGAGUUAACCCUGCAAGGUAAAUAUUGCAGUUUAUGAAAACUGCAAUAAUUACACUUGCAGGGUUAAGGGUAGUGGGAGUUGGCACCCAGACCACUCCAAUGGGCAGAAGUGGUCUGGGUGCCUGGAGUGUCCCUUUAACGUAUGGAGAUUUGUUUGACAAGAUAUGGAAGAUUACAUCUUUUAAAUGAGCAGCAUUUGCCGCCUCGCAAAUUCAGGCUCUUUCGAUUGCAUUGUUCAUAACAUUAGCUAAUCUUUGAGGCUUUAGUGCUCAAAAGGCGGUGCAUUUGGUAGGGUGCAAUUGGCACUGAUUCAUUUUUCUGUGGAUUUUCUGUACCCCAGAAACGUCAGUUUUGCUUGUUGACGAAUCUAAUAACAUAAAAAUGAGCUUUAUCAGACAUCAUGAGUUGAGGAAUAAAUUCAUUGUUUUCUAUGGCUCAUUCCUUGUGAAAUUACUUAUGAUAAAUCUCCCAGGACUCAGUUAUAAUAUGUACCUGCAACAAAACCAUUGAACUACUAACAAAUAAGUUACUUGUCAAAUCCCAUCUGAAUUUUGACCCACCCUGUAUAAUCAUGGCCUCCGUUUUGCAAUUCUUCUUUUUUUUUUUUUUUUAAUUCACUUUUUUUAUUGAACUAAUUUAACUAAAUGACAAUAUUGAAGGAAGAAUAUAUAAAGAGAUGAAAGCAGGCAUAAUACAUUUCACAGCAUCAUAUAAAACCGCUUACGUUGUGUUGUUUCUGCUGAAAAUUCUGAAAUAUAACAAUACCUAUAACAAUAAUGAGCUACAACGCUACACUAGUCGAUUUUGCAAUUCUGAUUUUAAUUCAACACAGUUUGGAGUUUAGUGAACAUGUGUUUUUUUUUUUUUUUGUCUUCUCCUCAACUUUUUCGUUUCCUUCCAGGAUGCUAUUCCCUCUCUGUUAGGGAAAGUAAUGUAGUGAAACAUUAUAAGAUUCGAACUUUGGAUGACGGUGGGUUCUACAUCACCACUCGCAUCACGUUUCGCUCCCUUCAAGAGCUGGUCAACCACUAUAAGAGUAAGCUCCUUUGGGACCAUGUGGAUGUCUGCAAAUUAAAUGAAUAUGGGGCAGUACAUAUCUUUAAACUCAAUUGUCUCAUUUCUAAAUCAAGGGCAGAUGGACGGACUGUGCCACUGUCUCACAGUGCCUUGUCAGACCGCGAGGCCCGAGAAACCGUGGCAAAAAGAUGCUUGGGAGAUCCCACGUGAGUCGCUAUCCUUGGAAAAGAAGCUCGGAGCCGGGCAGUUUGGAGAUGUUUGGCUGGGUAAUUAAACUCACCCUCUAUUCAAUUCCUAUUUGCUGCCCUCUUCUUUUACCUAAUUGUCUCAGCCAUAGCAAACUCAAGGCAUUGUCCCUCUCCUGUCCAUUGUUGGUCAUUACCUCUCCUACUGCUGAUUCUGUAAUGACCUUAUUUUUUUUUUAACGGAGGAUUAAGAAACCGUGUAAAAAAAACAAUUGGAAUUACCUACAAACAUUAAAAAAAUGAACAAAAUGUGUUAGCUCCUGGGCUUAGCCACCUGCAUUCCAGGUUCUGUUGGUGGAACAGGUGAUAGAUGGCCCAAUUCAUAAUUAAACUCUUGUCUGGCUCGCCAAUAUAUGGUCAGUUUUGGUCCUUGAAGGAAAUGUAGAGUUAAAAGCUAAGAAUCACACAACAAGGUCACACGGAAUACAGGGAUUAGAUCAAAGGAUCAAAUAAGGACAUACGAUCAGGCCGUAGACAGUUGGCAAGGAUAGGAGGCUGGGACUCCUUUAUCAGACUGUAACGUGAUCAAGGAGAAAACAGGACUGAAUAACAUGAUUAGGCAAGACAUAAGUGUUGACACAGCAGGACGCAAAAUGACUAAGACAAAGCAGGACACAAUGACAAAGCCCUGUGUGCAAGGAGGGGCUGGGUAAUGUAAUUACUGCGUAGGGUGCAGUUGUUGACAAUACCCAUUAGUCUGGCUGAAAAGACUGUCAACACCUGCACCCUCUAGUGGUUUCCAUGCAGAGUACACCCAAAAAGAGAAAAAACAGAGGAGGAAUAUACUGUAAAUAUGUAAAAAUUUAGGCAAAAGGGGAAGUAAAUAGACCAGACGUGUUAGGCACAUUAGUUCAAUCAGCAUAUUAUGCACAUUAAACUUCCCGUUAUAGUGAUGCUAUCAGUUCCUUUUCUGUGUAAUACACUGUGCAGACUGUCUCAGUAUCUUUUUUUUUUUUUUUUCACAACCAGUUUUAUUCUCAUUAUCCUUCCAAAUAUUUCCCCCAGCCACAUAUGACGGGCACACUCAGGUUGCCGUGAAGACCAUGAAGCCUGGCACUAUGUCUGCUGGGGCUUUUCUCGAGGAGGCCAACCUGAUGAAGACAUUGCUGCAUGAUCGCCUGGUUCGCCUGCAUGCGGUGGUAACCCACGGAGAGCCAAUAUAUAUCAUUACUGAGUACAUGCAGAAAGGCAGCCUGUUGGAUUUCCUAAAGAGCGAUGAAGGAAACCAACAGCCCCUGCACCAGCUCAUCGAUUUCUCUGCUCAGGUGAGAUCCAGCAUUAAGCCAUGAGAAUUGCUUAUGUUCUAAUUUUUGCUUCCUCCUGAUCACAAAUCCAAUAUAAUCCCUGAAUGUCAGGACCGCACAUGAAGGGGUCCAUCGGGUGACCCAUGCUGUUAGGGCCAACCAAUGGAUAUGGAUUUUCAGGGGGCCUGGUCAGCGCUGGGCGCUUUAACAGUGCGACCGUGUCCCCUGUGAUGAUGUCAGACAGAGUUGGGAGGAAGUGACUGCCCUGGUCACUCCUCCCAGCUAUCAGAGAGCCACGCGGGAGGAAGGAGGAGGGUGUCAGAGUGAGAACUCUGAAUCCCAUAAGACUGAGCCCCCUCUGGACCCCAGGGAAAGUCACCCUCCUGCAAAAGGUAGGAAACAGGAGGGUGACAAACAUUUUGUGUCUGUGUGUGUUUCUGUAUGUAUGUGUGUGUUUCUGUAUGUAUGCGUCUGUAUCUUACAGACAUAUACAUACAGAGACACACACACAUACAUACACACACACAGACAGAGACGCACACAUACAUGCAGACUGUAUGUGUGUGUGUGUAUGUCUCUGUAUGUAUGUGUCUGUAUGGACCAGUUUUGCACUGGGGUCCCAUGGAUUGUGUGUACGCCCCUGGUCAAUUCUAUACAUAUUUUACAUCUGUUGUCAGUGUGCACAGCAUGCUGGCAACAGACAUAAUAAACUUCUCCCUUGCAGGCAGAGCGCCUGCGAGGGGAAGCUCACUCUCACCUCCAUACCUCCCACCCUCCAUUGAGAAAAAAUUAAAAUCUUUGUCAUCCCACUCCCUCCUCGCCUCACGUACACACGGCUCUGAGCCUGUGACAUGGUCCAGUCACAGAAUGCUCUAUUCAUCUAUUCAUAAUGUGGUUGCUGGAGGGGGGAGCGCGAUCUGGCGCUGGAUAGGAGACUGAACGGUUUACCCCCUAAAGGUAAGCUAGUCCCAGGGACCUCCUGGCACCAUAACAAUUUCAUUUCAGUUAAAUUGUUAUGUUGUAUGGAGUGUUCCUUUAAUUGCUGUCUGUAGAAUACUCAGGGAACACAGUCGUUCACACUGCGGGGAGGACAACUGACCAAAAUUAAUGUUGCACCAUAUUAAAAGAUCAUUAUUUAUGAAUUUUUAUGCAGCUUAACUAAUUUUCCCAUGAUCCUCAUAUGCAAUAAAAUUAUGCCACAUUGAAUCCUCAAAGCUGGAUGACAGAUUGCCCCCUAAGUGGCAUCUCUGUGUGACCACUGCUGUUGUUGGUUAGGCUGGACCCACACUUUGCUUUCGUUGUUUAGGGUGCACUUAACGUUACAUUCUAAUUGGCUUUUUUUCUGUAUUCAACAGAUUGCUGAAGGAAUGUGGUACCUUGAGAAAAAAAACUAUAUUCAUCGUGACUUACGAGCUGCAAAUUGUCUUGUGUCUGAGUCCUUGGCAUGCAAGAUUGCAGAUUUUGGAUUAGCAAGAGUAAUCGAGGACAGCGAGUAUACUGCCAGGGAGGGUGAGUAUAAGGUUUGGUUGGGGUACCAGCAUGGCUGCAGCUACUCUUCCAGCUAGUCAUAUCAAUGUUCACAAUUCUAGAGCGUUCACUGUGUGACCAAGCAUUAUUCUACAUUAUUCUAAAAUGGGAUGAUGAGAAUUGUAGUGCAGCAGAAGCAGUAGCCCCACAUCUGCUAUAAAUUGGCAGUUGUCUGGAAUUCAAAGUAAAUUUACAUUUUAUGCCAAAAUAGCCACGGUGAAAAAUUCUCCAAGUCAGUUAUGUUGGGCUAUUUUGGACUGAAAUUUUAAAGUGGCUUUUAAGUUCUGACAAUUCACAUUUUAGUGAAUUUCCCUGUACAAAAUGUUUUAUUUUUAAACUUUUUUUACCCGUGAUGCCCGACCAGUUUUUAAGAGACUAAAGUGGGCCAUAUGUUUAACAAACAUCAAUUUUGCAAGGUCAGCCCGCACAGGCAUCAACAAUGAGAAAUGUGGUACAUGCGCACAACACCGAGCCAGUAACACAAAGCCAGGAGGUAUCAUACAUCUCUGUUUAUUAGGUGCCAAGUUCCCGAUUAAAUGGACAUCUCCAGAAGCUGCCAAUUAUGGCUCGUUUACCAUAAAGUCAGACGUUUGGUCAUUUGGGAUCCUUAUGAUGGAAAUCAUCACUUACGGGCGGACUCCUUAUCCAGGUGAGACACAACAAUGACGGACACAGGUUCAAGACAUAUUCAAAUUCUAAAGAAAUGGCAGACGUUGCAUUCUAAACCAAGAAUUAAGUUAUAUAACUAAUGAAUGUUCCACACUGUAAAUUGCUUAUUUUUUUCCUUAUCCUCAUCAAAUAAAUGUUUGUGGAGUUUAUUUUUAAGUUUAUAUUUUUGCUAAACUUUUUUGGGUUAAAUGUAAUACUGUUUCCAGAAGCAGGAAGUAAAUUUAUCACAUUUAGUGCAUGUGGCAAUUUGCGUUACUGGAAGCCACUGUAGUUUGCUCUGGUAAGACGAACCACUUCCUCAUGCUUCUGAAACUGGUAGCACACAUCAAUUUCCCAUAACGCGGAGUAAUAACGAAUACAAGCUAGCUAAAGACACUCGUAAUACUAAGAUUACAUAAAAAGACCAUUCUUAACAAUAUGAGAGUAACAUUUUAGAAGAUGACUAUAUUUCAAUGUUUCUGCAGGGAGUCUUUUUGGACAGGUCUUCUUGGAUUGGGGCAAUUGUGGACAUCCUCCACCAAACAAUAUAUUUUCGUAGAGUACUAAUGUUUUUAAUCAAUCAUUUCUCUACUUAUUCAGGUAUGUCCAAUCUGGAGGUAAUCACAGCUCUGGAGCGUGGAUAUCGGAUGCCGUGUCCUCAGAAUUGCCCAAAGGAAUUCUACAAUGUAAUGUUGCAGUGUUGGCAGCAAAUCCCAGAGCAAAGACCAACAUUUGAAUAUUUGCAGAGCAUCCUUGAAGAUUUCUUCACAGCCACUGAGAGCCAGUACCAACCCCAACCCUGA